AUGGAUCCUUCAGAGACGUCAGAGGAGAAAGCUUUACGACUCGAGCGUCGUAAAGAGCAGGCCGAAAAGGAACGAAGUCAAGCAGAUACCCUCAAGAAUAAAUCCACAGCCAUGUUGUUGAUGAAGGCUGCUAUUUUUGAGGAACACGAGGAAGAAAGAUUGAAUGCUGUUAGUCUUAACAAUCAAUGUGUCUGGAAAUCACCACUUGCACCGAUAGAAAACGAUCCGCUCGCCGCUUUGGAAGAAUCAAGAUUGAUUAGACCGAGUUCACCCAUGCCCGGCGCCGCUAAUCUGUCUCUUUCCUCACUCCUUUUUGAUCGCAUGAAUUUUGGCUGCAACAACGGAGGAUCUCAAAAGAAGGCGGACGGACGUAAGGCAUUCAUUGCAUCAAGCGAAAAGAAAAAAAAGCCAGGCCAGCUCUUCAUUCAACCAAGAAAGAAAAAGGAGGUGCCAGACAAGCUAUCCUUGAACCGCCCAAACGCGGGUAAAGAUCAGGUACCAACGAGUCUGCCAGAGGAAGGCAAACCGGAUGAGGCUAGCAACGCUGAAUCAUCAAUCUCUUUACCCUCCUCAAAUCCGGAAGCUAUUCAGUCGACCGAACCAAAAAAUUGUUUUCCAAAUAUCGACGACGCAAAGACUGGCCUAAUCUCUGCAAGCCCUGUGCAUCAGAUUUCGAACUCCAAACCUCGAACUCGACUCAUCAGUCUCUCAGAGCUUCGUGAGUUAGCUGCAAAGUCUCCUUUUGAGGUUGGCCCCUCGGACUUCAAGCCAAAAUCAAAAAGUUUGUUUUCUCCCAUUCCGACGGCUUCCAAUGCCGUAGACUCUCAACCAGCAGCAGCAAGUCAAACUUUCAUCGCCAGUUUCUCCAACCCAGAAGCUUCCACUUCGACCCCGACCUUGGACGUUGAUGACUUGGAAGGUCUGAUUAUAGGGGAUAGGGGUACAAGUUCUCGGGAAUGGUGGAAUGUUCCUGUUCAUAAGACAAAAAAUCCUUAUGGGACAAAUUUUGACAAAGAGAAGAUGUCGGAGUUGAUUUCAGACGUGGUAGCUGAAGGCCCUCCCCCUGCCUGGUCUCAUUUCUCUACGCCAAGAGAACCAGUAAAGCAACGAGUCACCCGGGACUUUUCUACGAAUACCAAGGAUACAAAAGAUGCUGGAGUCCUUCGUACUUCCCUGUCCGAGGUUUCUGAUUAUGGCAGCCACCUUGAAAUCGCCGGCUUCUGCUCUCCGAUCACGAAGAAUUCAGAUACCUCUACCAAUGGAGAUCGGGCUGAUUCUUUGAAUCUCGGUCCAAGUCAAUAA